CCAAGGAAGCCGUUGAGGCAUACACUGACCACGCUGGACCCAUUAACUCAACUCAACAUCUACCUGAAGCAAAGCAGCCGUUUCUACGAAAUGUCUCGGGAGCAGUUAGAAGGGGUGGUCCGAACAGUCGAAACCCUACUAGCAGAGGCAGAAGCGCUACGAGUCCGAUGCCAACGACAGAGUGAUGAGGUGAAGCAACUCUGUGAAGACCUAAGAAAUGAGAACAGAGACCUGGUUGAACGAUUUUCUCAAGCAGAACGAGAUCUUACCGAAGUCAAACGUUCCGUCAAUGAACUGAUGGACACCAAAAUAGCAUUUGAAGCCCGGGAGAGGCAAGUGCGAAAGCUGAGCAAGCAGCUGUAA